AUGGAAUUAAAUUGUGCUUUAAUAGGAAAGAAGUCCUUUGGUGAAGAGAGGGACGAAAGUAUAAAAUAUUGUGAUACACCUGGUAUGGAAUUAGUAGAGACUAUACAAAUUGAAUUUCCAGAUGCUCAUUUAGAAAAAGAUAACAAUUUGAAAAACUUCAGCGGUGUUACUUUUGAUUUAACCGCUCGCAAAUUAGUUGGAAAUAAUCCAUUGCAGUAUAGUGAAAUUAUUGAGCGUAUUGGGGACUUCUUUGGAAGUAUAUUUAUAGACAAUGAAUUUAUUAAGUUUUUACGUGAAAAACUUGGAACUCGAGCCAUAGGUCUAUUAAUGGAAAAUAAUUAUGAUCAAUCUCAGUGUCUGAUGCAAGAAUUCUGUCAACAUGUAAAAGAUCCUUUCACGAGAGAUGAUACAGAAUAUAAUUAUAUAUUGGAUAUUAAAGAAAAAGCUCCGCUUUUAUUGUCACACGUCAAUAGAAAGACCAAGAAAAUCAUGAAAAAAAAUGAAUGGCUAAUUAAUAUUAAUUACGAUGACAUAAAAUCAAUGAUUAAACAAGAAUUUAAUCAUACGGUGAAAAAUAUUUCAGUUCCUAUAGUAGCAAUUGCACAUGGAGCAAUAAUUUAUGGAUUAUCUAAAAAAUCAAAUUGUUUGAAUAAUAAUUCAGUUGAAGAUAAUAUGAAAAAUAUCGAUUCUUCGAGAGUACUUAAAUAUACUUUAGGAAUUGAUGUUGACUCCCUUUAUGGAAAAUCUAAUGAUGUUGAAAUUCAUAGAUUUUGGUUUUGGCCAAUCGAGGUACUUCUUGGGGUAUUAAAAAUCAUUCUUCCAGAUGUAUAUUUUUAUAAUCGAAGUAUCAAUUUUGGAUUAACUUUCGGUCAAAAAGGAAUUACUGCAUUUGCAAGGAAUGAACUUAAUGGUCAAAAUCAUACGACAACAUUUUGUUAUCUAAAUAAUGUAUUUUAACAUUAGUUUUUAAAUUUUAAUGAUACAAUAUUAAUAUUUGGGAUGCUAACGGUCGACAGUUUAGUUAUGAUUACCAAUCUACAAAUCUGAUUAAUAUAAUAUGAAAAAUAUGAAAUAAACUGCCUGUACAAAUGGACUAUUCUAAAUCAUGAGUUGAUUAUAUAAUCACAAUAUUAAUACACAAAAAAAAAGAAAGAAAUUGAAUAGCAAAACAAAUAAUUGUCAAUAAAUUGUUCAUGAUGUACCAGCAUUUUUAUCAAUUAACUAGAUUGUAAAUUUAGAAAAAAUACUGGUAU